CACGUGACGCGCACAUCUCUGACUCGUUUUUUUUACAAUUGUCUUUACGUCGCGUAUAAGAAAAUAAGGUCUUUAGCUCUCAGUUAAGCCGUUCUGGAAGUCACAUGCAUUAAGCAUAGCUUGCGUCUAAAGUUUAAAUGCCGAAGCAACGUCGUCUGGUAUAAUUCAUUAUAAAGCAGUUAGAAAUGUAUAUAAAAACUGCGCUUUAACACUAGGGUCAAUGUUUUUUUUUUUGGAAAGGCCGUGAGAAACUAAAACCAUUCAAACUACAUUCCCAAUAACGUACAGGGAUUGCUUCCGGUCACGAUGCUGCAGUUCAAGCGCUGAUUGGCUGUCAAAGCGCCGCCUGCAUUGCGGUUUCCUAGCAACGCAGAUAAACUGCAAGCAGAAACAAGUUCCCAUUGAGGUGACCCCAGGACCUUGUGCUGUAGCUGAGCGGUGUCUGCUGAGGAGCAGAGGAGCCUGGAGACCGACGGCUCAUGGCCAUGGAAGUGGCUGUGCUGCCGGUGGGGGGCGGCUGCCGACAGGCCGCCAGUCCCAGCCCUCAGCCCCGCGCGAGCGCCGCCAGGGAGUCUCUCAAGAUCCUGGACCCGGCCCGCAAGAAGCUGAGCUCCCUGGAGACGCAGCGGGUCGCGGGCGUUCUGGACGAGUGCAUCGCGAAGGUGGAGCUGGUGGCCCUGCUGCCCACGGUCCUGUCCGGCCUGGAGCGGCUGUCGGUGGGGCUGGGGGCCGAACUCGCGGGGGCCCUGCGGGAGCACCAGCGGCUGGGGCAGAUGCUGGCCGCCCUGCGGGAGAGGAGCCAGCGUCAGGGGCCGGGGGGCGAGAACGAAGACCCCCGGCUCCCGGGCCUGGAGCAGGCUCUCCGCAGCUCCCUCCGCAGCGUCCUGAGGCACCUGCGGGCACACCCCAGUGCCACCCACAAUCUGAGAGGGCAGGCGGGCGCGGGCGGGGGGGCUCCGGGACUGGCGUGGGGUUUGGCAUGGGGGCUGACGGAGCUGCGCAGCCUGCUCUUUGAGAAGCUCCUGACCGGCCCCGCGGAGGAGCGAGAGAGGAGCCGGUACAUCCAGGAGGUGUCUCUCCGGCACCAGAACAACGUGGGGCUCAUCUCCACCCUUGAGAGGGAGGUGGCUGCGGCCGCCCGGGACAGGGAUGCUGAGAUUUCCAAGAAGAAUGAGGUCAUCCGCAAGCUGAAGGGCUCCCUCCACCAGAUGGAGAAGAUCUCGGAGGACUUCCUGAAGCGAACCCGGCAGGAAGCGGACAAGCAGACGCAGUCCGACCACAAGGCCUCGGAGAGCCGCUGCGGGCGCAUGCAGCAGGAGAUGGGGCAGCUGCGCGGGCGGCUCUGCGGCCUGAUAGCCGAGAACCGCGAGAGCGAGCUGGCGCUGAGGAAGAGGAAGUACAAAGUGGAGACAGAGAUUGAGAACUGGAUCCAGAAAUAUGAUGUGGACAUGGGUGAAAAGCAGACAGAGCUGGAGGAGCUGUCUGCCGUCUAUGCCGAGGAGAAGGAGGAGCUGAAGGAGCUGGAGGAGCACUUUGCCGUGCUGGAGCAGGAGUACAGCCAGAUCAUGGAGGAGCGCCGCCUGGCCCGGGAGAGGAGGGAGGAGGAGGAGCGGCAGCUGGCCCUCAUGACCCGCGCCGCCAUCCUCGUCCAGGCCUUCUGGAGGGGCUACAAGGUGCGCAAGCUGAUGAAGAGCAAGAAGAAGGGCAAGAAGGGCAAAAAGGGCAAGAAGGGCAAAGGCAAGAAGGGCAAGAGCUGAACUCUCGCCUCCCUCCUAGAAAAACACCCUGCAGCUUCAGCUGUGUUAGGAUGAGAUAUUAUCACAGUGGGACAACAAAUAAACUUCAUUACAACACUUAAUAAAAGGUUUAUCACAGCUUGGAAAACCUAAGAAACAUGAAGAAAUUGCUCUUUAUUGAUUGUAUUUUGCUUUAAACACAAAGAUCAUAACAUUG